CCGAGGCAUUGCUCCUCUGCCCAAAUGUCUAGACGCAGGGUAGGUUUCUGUCUGAGUGAUAAGAAACGGAGACAAAUUAAUCUGGUUGCUUUUGCUGAGCUUUGUGCGAGCCACAGUGUUGAGGUGGUUGAGAUAGAUCUCAGUCAGCCAUUGGAUUCUCAAGGACCUUUUGCGGUCAUUGUACACAAGCUCUCUGAUGUCAUUGUCAAGGCAGAGUAUGACAGCCAGUCGCAACAGCUUCUUGACAACUUCCAGGGUUAUGUGUCCACCCAUCCCCAUACUGUUCUCCUGGACCCCCUUCCAGCAAUGAGCCAGCUACUGGAUCGCUUUGCCUCCUAUCGGAUUAUGAGCCAGCUCCAGAACUCCCUGAGAGACUGGCGAAUCAGCAGCCCUCCCUACCUGGAGAUAAGCACCAGUGACCUAUCAGUCAUCCAGCAGGACGUGGAGAGCAAGGGCCUCAGCUUCCCCCUGAUCUGUAAAACCAGGGUGGCUCAUGGAUCCUGUUCCCAUGACAUGUCUCUGAUCUUCAGCAUGGCUGGUCUGUCAGAGGCCCGUCCUCCCUGUGUGCUGCAGAGCUUCGUCAACCACGGUGCCGUGCUGCACAAGGUGUUUGUGGUGGGAGAGGACCACUUCACUGUGGAGAGGCCCUCGCUGAAGAACUUCCCCCCUGGACCCUAUGAGAGGAAGACGAUCUUCUUCAACAGCCACGAGGUGUCCAAGCCAGAGUCCUGCUCCCACCUCACUGCACUGGAUGAGAAGGUGUCGAGCCUGCCUCCCCCCAGUGGUGAGGCCAUGGUGGCCCUAGUAAGAGAGCUGAGGGCAGAGCUGGGCAUGGCUCUGUUCGGGGUGGACGUCAUCGUCAGCAUCGACACACACACCCUCACUAUCAUCGACAUUAACAUCUUCCCAGGCUAUGAGGGAGUGCCUCAAUUCUUCUCCUCCCUCCUCAGUCACAUUGAGUCAGUAUUGGACAACCAGGAACUGGAAGAACCCCAGGCAACAUGUCCUCAUGCUCCCUCGACUCCCCAGGCUGACCUCUGACCUGGGUUCACCGUUGACCCUUGACCCUGACCUGGCUCAUCUUCUCUGAUACAUACUGUACAGAAAGCUCUUGGAAGUAGGAGACCUAAUUGACAACGGUUGCCUUUAAAUAAAUCUCAAAAUAUGGAUCUAAGUCACCUCUCCUUGCAGACACAUACAGUACCAGUCAAAAGUUUGGACACACCUACUCAUUCAAGGGUUUUUCUUUCUUUCUAUCUUUUUUUAUUGAAGACAUAAAUAUGAAAUAACAGAUAUGGAAUCAUGUAAUCAAAAAAGUGUUUAACAAAUCAAAAUAUAUUUGAUAUUCUUCAAAGUAGCCACCCUUUGCCUUGAUGACAGCUUUGCACACUCUUGGUAUUCUCUCAACCAGCUUCAUGAGGUAGUCACCUGGAAUGCAUUUCAAUUAACAGGUGUGCCUUGUCAAAAGUACAUUUGUGGAAUUUCUUUCCUUCUUAAUGUGUUUGAGCCAAUCAGUUGUGUUGUGACAAGGUAGGGGUGGUAUACAGAAGAUACCCCUAUUUGGUAAAAGACCAAGUCCAUAUUAUGGCAAGAACAGCACAAAUAAGCAAAGAGAAAACGACAGUCCAUCAUUACUUUAAGACAUGAAGGUCAGUCAAUACAGACAUUUUCAAGAACUUUGAAAGUUUCUUCAAGUGCAGACUCAAUAAGCAUCAAGCGCUAUGAUGAGACUGGCUCUCACCAGGGCCGCCACAGAAAAGUAAGACCCAGAGUAACCUCUGCUGCAAAGGAUAAGUUCAUUAGAGUUACCAGCCUCAGAAAUUGCAGACCAACUAAAUUCUUCACAGAGUUCAAGUAACAGACACAUCUCAACUUCAACUGUUCAGAGAAGACUGCGUGAAUCAGGCCUUCAUGGUCGAAUUGCUGAAAAGAAACCAAUACUAAAGUACACCAAUAAUAAGAAGAGACUUGCUUGGGCCAAGAAACACAAGCAAUGAACAUAAGACUGCUGUAAAUCUGUCUGUUGGUCCGAUGAGUCCAAAUUUGAGAUUUUUGGUUCCAACGCUCUGUCUUUGUGAGACGCAGAGUAGGUGAACGGAUUAUCUCCGCAUGUGUGGUUCCCGCCGUGAAGCAUGGAGGAGGAGGUGUGAUGGUGCUUUGCUGGUGACACUGUCAGUGAUUUAUUUAGAAUUCAAGGCACACUUAACCGGCAUGACUACCACACCAUUCUGCAGCGAUACACCACCACAUCUGGCUUUCACUUAGUGGGACUAUAAUUUGUUUUUCAACAGGACAAUGACCCAGCACACACCUCCAGGCUGUGUAAGAGCUAUUUGACCAAGAAGGAGAGUGAUGGAGUGCUGCACCAGAUGACCUGGCCUCCACAAUCAUUCAACCUUAACCCAUUUGAGAUGGUUUGGGAUGAGUGAAGGAAAAGCAGCCAAGUGCUCAGCAAAUGUGAGAACUCCUUCAAGACUGUUGGAAAAGCAUUCCAGGUGAAGCUGGUUGAGAGAAUGGCAAGAGUGUGCAAAGCUGUCAUCAAGGCAAAGCGUGGCUACUUUAAAGAAUCUAAAAUAUAACACUUUUUUGGUUACUACAUGAUUCCAUAUGUGUUAUUUCAUUGUUUUGAUGUUUUCAUUAUUAUUAUACAAUGUAGAAAAUAGUAAGAAUAAAGAAAAACCCUUGAAUGAGUAGGUGUGUCUAAACUUUUGACUGGCACCGUAGGUGUCAGGAUUUUGUAUGAAUAGAUAAGAGACUGUGAUCAGUCAAUGAAGACAACCAACCACUACUCUUAUAGAAGUAACAAUGAUUGAAAAAUAUCAUACACUGUGAUUUUAUUGAUUGACAUUUAGCAUUUAAGACACAGCAGGCACAGAUGCAGGACUCUGAUUGGGCCAGUACAAUUACAAAUGUUGACCUCCACUAAUUGGUCCUUUACAUCCCACAACCCUUUUCUGAUGAAAUACAUUUGGUAAAUAUAUUUCUAAAUGUUGAAAUGGUAUACAUUCUUGAGUAAAUCUCACAACAUGUAGCGAGUAGCCUGUUUGAUUCCUUACAUGGUGUUGAUGUGUUUUAUAUUAGUUUUAUAUGCGUCCCAACAGUUACCAGUGUUACAUAAUUAAGCAAUAAGGCCCGAGGGGGUGUGGUAUAUGGCCAUUAUACAACGGCUAAGGGCUGUUCUUAUGCACGACGCAACCCAAAGUGCCUGGAUACAGCCCGUAGUAUAUUGGCCAUACACCACAACCCCCCAAUGUGCCUUAUUGCUAUUAUAAACUGGUUACCAACGUAAUUUGA